AUGUCAACAAUCGCAUUCUUCGGCGCAACCGGCGGCUGUGCAAACGCCUGCCUAGCCCUGACCCUACGCAACGGCCACAAAGCCAUAGCGAUGGCCCGCAACCCCUCAAAACUAAACACCCAACUCCUCGAACAACCAGGCCUAACGCAAAAAAUCCUGGACAAAAAUCUCCGCAUCCAACAAGGAGACGCCACAAACAUCGAAGGCGUCAUGAAAACCCUCAUCGUCUCCACCACCACCAGCGCACAUGGCGACAGCCAAUGCGAGCUCGUUUCAACCAUCGUCUCAGGAAUCGGCGGCGCACCAACAAUGUCCUGGACCAAGGCGAACCCCUGCGACAAGAUGACUAUGCGAAUCCCAACACUGCCACACAUCGAGCUAAACAAUCCGCACAUCACGGAGGAAAGUACCCGCACGCUCCUGGAAGCGCUACGACGCAUUGCGACGGAGUAUUUCCCUUCUUUCGGGACAUAUGCCGUCGCGGCACCGCGGGUGGCAAUUAUCUCCGGGACGGGGAUUGGGUCGAAGAAUGGGAUGAAUGAUGUUCCAUUACUUUUUCGACCGAUGUAUUGGACGCUUUUGCCUGAGCCGCAUGCUGAUAAAUCGCGGAUGGAGGCAUUGUUUAAUGAGGAGCGGGGGAAGAAGGAGUCGUUGCUUGUGGGUGGGUUGGUUGUUGUUCGGCCUAGUUUUUUGAGGGGUGAUCAUCGGGUUGCGGCGCCUGGGGAGGAUUCUGGGUAUGAUAAGUUGCGGGUGGGUACGGAUGAGAGUCCGGCUGCUGGUGUUGGGUAUUUGGUGGAUAGGGCUUUGAUUGGGGAGUGGAUUUUUGAGGAGGUUGUUAAGACUGGUGGGGAUAGAUGGGUUGGUGAAGGUGUUAUUUUGACUUGUUAA